CCCCGGAAUCGCAACACCAGGUCUACCUGGAGCCGUAUCGCGACCAUGUCGCACAUCGAGUCUGUGCAGGUCUACAGGAGGCUCAUCGAGAGCCUUCUGUCCAAGGCAGACGAGUUAAAGCCUGAUAAGCAGAUCGAGCCGCCUCUCACGGAAACGGAUUUUGGUGAUUCAGCUUGGCACAUCGAGGGUUCUGAUGCCAACGUUCUGAAGAGAGAGAAUCAGCAAGCGAGUUAUGCUGCUGUCGAAACCGCCUUUAGGGAAAAGUUCUAUGAUCUACUGGCUACAACAUCUAUCGACGACCCUUCUUUCGUACAAAUAUGGCAUCUUCUGGAUAUCGUUUCAAUAUUCUCGGACAAUGAACAGUGCGAACCGGGUUUGAUAUUUUGGCUUAUCGAGGAAUUGCUGGACAGUCAGACAAUCGAUGGAUGCAGGAAAGUCUUCGACUACCUCGAGUCGCGGAGAGAGCGCAAUACAGCGAAACAUUUCAAACAAAAAAGCCUGAUUAUUCUCCGAUCAUGCAAUGAGCUUCUUCGAAGACUUUCACGAGCAGAAGAUACUGUGUUCUGUGGAAGAGUAUUCAUAUAUUUAUUCCAGAGCUUUCCGCUGGGCGAUAAGAGUUCGGUAAAUUUGCGGGGCGAAUAUCACACUGAGAACGUCACCACCUUUGAUGAAGUCUCUAGAGAAGCGCGAAAAGAGAAACUGGAAGAAGAGAGUGCUGCCCCGAAAGAGGAGAGAUCCGGAGAUACUAUUGACGCAACAACCAAGCCUUCGGAUGCCAAGAAGGAGAAAGAUGCAGGUAAAGAGCCUGUUGAUCUGGAUACGUUGUAUCCUAUCUUUUGGGGCCUGCAGGCAACCUUCUCUGCUCCAACAAGACUGUUCGACCCAGGCCACUUCGCAUCUUUUAAGAACGGUCUAGAAGCGACACUCUCUACGUUCAAGCGUAUCAACACGGAUCUUGACCCUAGGAGCGGCGCCAAGGGAUCAGAUGAAGCUAGAAGAGGCACAAAACGCAAGCGCACAACGGAUGGAUCGGAAGUCACCAACAGCUUCAACCCGAAAUAUCUAACCAGCCGUGAUUUGUUCAGUCUGGAGAUUAGCGAUAUCGCCUUCCGUAGACAUGUGCUCGUGCAGGCGUUGAUCAUUCUAGAUUUUCUUCUGUCGCUCACACCGAAAGCGAAAGCGAAACUGGCGGAUUUGACAAACAAAUCCGUACUUUAUAAUUUUGUUCUCAACGAUGACGACGCAAAAUGGACGACAAACAUCCGGCGCGCAAUCGAAGAUUAUCUUCAGGAGGGUGUGGGAGGCAAAUUCUAUUAUCGCAUGGUGGACAAUGUUCUCUCGCGAGACAAAAACUGGAUUCGCUGGAAGGCAGAGGGGUGUCCGCUCAUUGAACGCCCUGCUGUGUCUGUCAAAGACUAUUUAGAUGCGCGUGAGACAGCAGCGAAGACAUAUGCCAAUAAGCGUCUCCGACCUUCUCCCAUGGGUUCUCUGGAUCUGAAGUUCCUUUCCGAUGCCGAAACUCUGGGCAGUCUUGAGCGCCUCAAGGCAUCUGACAGGUUCUCAAAACCUGCCCCCGAUUCUUUAAUGAUGGGAAUUGUUGACGAUGACUUUGACCUUGAGAUGGCACAGACUAAAGAGGAUAAGGACAACGCGAUGAGGUCCAAAGCUAGCAAGAUAUGGCGUACGUUGCGGCUCUGUGCUAAGAGCAAAAUGCAUCAGUUCGACAAGAUUGAAGAUGGCAAAAAUAUCAAAGUCCUCUUCGAGACCCCUCCACAGCCCGAAGAACCACCGAAGCCAACUACUGAGAGCACGAAUGACACCGGGAAGCCCCAUAUAGAAUCAAAGGGUGAUGACAAGGAGAACACUACAACUGUGGACCAGCCGAUGGCUGACGUCAAGCCGGAAGACUCAGAAAAGGCAACGGAAGCCCCAGCAUGAAAUUGAUGAUGACCCUCACCAUGGCUUACCGAAGUCAG